AUGCAGACAACCCGUACUACAAUUUUUAAACAAGGACAUAGAGCUGUUCAGGCAGGACAACAGCAGCAGCAGGAGCAAUAUAAUCCAUAUCGACCCAAUCCACAUGUUAGCUGGUUGUUUCAAGCAUCCGCUAUCAAUCCUUUCGGUACAGCAUCUACAUACAACUACGCUACACAACUACGCCAAACUUCUGCAGCAAUUCCAUCAGUCGAACGACCUCCUACUACUGUCAUCCGCGGAUCCACCUAUAACAACCUCCAUGAACCCAUCUUCCAUGUCAGUGCUCCGCCGGAUAACAAUACGGCACCAGCUGGUGGUGGUGCCUAUGUUCCAGCACUUGCACCUACUAUUCAUGAUCAAUCACGUCAAUCACCUGAGAUGGAUGUUUUUGGAGGCAACGGCGGCAGCGAUGACGGUGGCAAGCGAGGAAGCUGGCUUUUGAAGGAAAUUGCAGUACGAUGGCAGCAAGGGUCGGCAACGGGCGCACGUGCAUCCUAG